GCGCUGCUCGGGAGAGCGCUCCUCCGCCCAGCUCGGUCCCUCGCCCCGCUCCACCCGUGCCUAGCUGCCCGCGCCGUGCUUCGGGCGUCCACAGCGCGACUGUCGCCCGUGCAGCCAGCGCCGCCCUCGGCUGCGCCGCGCACCCAGCCUCCUCCCUUUCCGCCGUCGGACACGCAGCCGCAGGCCGGGGCCGGGCCGCAGCUGGGGAGUCAGGGGCGCGCGAAGCCAACCCUUCCCCCUCAGGCUCCCGCACCGCCCGCCGCCUCCCCUCGCCCUCCUACUCUCCCCUCCCUGCUCCUUCGCCGCUUCCUCCUCCUCCUCUCCGGGCCCCAGCUGCCAGCACCAUGUCCGCAGGGGGAGAUUUUGGGAACCCGCUGCGAAAAUUCAAGUUGGUGUUCCUGGGGGAGCAGAGCGUCGGGAAGACGUCUCUGAUCACGAGGUUCAUGUAUGACAGCUUUGACAACACAUACCAGGCAACCAUCGGGAUUGACUUCUUGUCAAAAACCAUGUACUUGGAAGACCGUACGGUUAGACUGCAGCUCUGGGAUACAGCCGGGCAAGAGAGGUUCCGCAGCCUGAUCCCCAGCUACAUCCGGGACUCCACGGUGGCUGUGGUGGUGUAUGACAUCACUAAUCUCAACUCCUUCCAGCAGACUUCUAAGUGGAUCGAUGACGUCAGGACAGAGAGGGGCAGUGACGUGAUCAUCAUGCUUGUGGGCAACAAGACAGAUCUGGCUGACAAGAGGCAGAUAACCAUUGAGGAAGGGGAGCAGCGGGCCAAAGAGCUGAGCGUUAUGUUUAUCGAGACCAGCGCGAAGACCGGCUACAACGUGAAGCAGCUCUUCCGGCGUGUGGCAUCGGCUCUGCCCGGCAUGGAGAACGUCCAGGAGAAGAGCAAAGAAGGGAUGAUCGACAUCAAGCUGGACAAGCCCCAGGAGCCCCCAGCCAGCGAGGGUGGCUGUUCCUGCUAAUGCAGAGCCCACUCGGCGUCCUCGACGCCACUCACGUGUGUUGCCUCCUGUUGGUUAGCUUCCUAGUGGGGUGGGAAAUGAGUUUAUCAAAUGGGAGGGUCUUUCUUUUCUCUCUCUCUCUCUCUAGGAGUAGGGUGGGACCUGGGGAGGGAGGCUGGGCAUCAGGGACCACGUCACUCUUAACAGCUGUUACCUAAACAACUAUUUUUUGGUUUGGUUGUAAUAUAUUGUACUUUAUUAAGAUUGCCAAAAACUGUUAAAAUUAAAAAAAAUUAAAUCAUGUGUAUACAAACUUUUUGCCAGAUAAAAAAGUAGUCAUUUUUAUUUGAAAGAUGUGCUUUUUUUUUGUUUUUGUUUUUGUAUAUUUGUAAACUUACAGAGAACCUCUCCACACACCUCUUCCCUCCUGUCCUCUUGGAACUGUAUGUCAUCUCUUCCUUCCUCCACCCCCAGCCCUGUGAAUUAAAGCAAUUAACUGAACGAUAGUCAUUAGGUUCCGGUCCUGGGUCACAUGACUCAAACCAACCAAGACCUCUACCCAUGCUCCCCUCAGUCAAAUCAGACUCUGUUUAACAAAACAGCCUUAGAGGGGGCAUUGUUCAGUCCUUGCUCGACAGAGUGGGGCGCAUUCGCCGGCCCGAGUGGAAACGAAGGCCCGUGGACCGCAGCAUCGGCAGCAGACCCCAGGGCUGCUUCCACCCGUCUCCUCCCCUGAAAAAGCAUGGAGACAGAGAGCAGGGGCAGCCAACCGUGUGUUCUCUGUGCCGUCCCAGUGAUGAGCAGAGCGAGAAGUUUCUGGAAGGAUGGGAUGCUCCGGGCAGCUGAGGGCUGCGGCAGUGCGGGGUUCUCAGCUGUAACUCACUGGCCCAACAGUUGACACAUGUAGUUAGGCUGACUAGCCAACUCAAUGUGUGAGGCUGCGGCAGUGCGGGGUUCUCAGCUGUAACUCACUGGCCCAACAGUUGACACAUGUAGUUAGGCUGACUAGCCAACUCAAUGUGUGAGGCUGGGUGGCUCAGAGAUACUGAAGCCUGGGGCACGCACCACCGGUCCCGUCCGCCUGUGACUGGGAACGUGAGGCAUGUCUGCCCUGACUGAACAGUAUGUGUCCUCAGAGCCUCUACUGAUCUUGCUGAGUACUGUUGUGGAAACGUUGGUUCCUUGAUGUGUUUUCACCCCCUGGCAUGGUAUAUUUGAAACCUUUGUAUGAAUAUUUUUGGGAGUGUUGUGGCUGCACCACAGGCAUCUUGGGGUUACUGUGGGGUUUCCAGAACGUUGCCCAGGGCACUGCAACCUGCCCCCAGCAAGCUUUCUUUGUUAUUUCCACUCAUUCCUGAGACUGCUUUAGUCUUAAAAACCUUCAAAGGCUCUACCAGAGUGCUCUCCUCGAAGUAAAGUAACUCACAUUCUAAAUGCUCCUAGACUCACUGCCCCAGGCUUGCCCAAAGACAGACAGAGGCAGUGACUCUAAUCAAACAUUCCAGCCCCAUAGCAUUGGCUCUUCUCCAGAUGGCUGAUGGGCAGGGUAAAUGCAGCCACAGGGCAGGUCUCCAACAAGGGGGUUGGAAUGAAUUACAGAACUUCUCAGAAAUGAAUCCAAAAUGGCAGCCUGCAUAGUGGGGCUGAAUUUGUGAGUGGGUCUGUCGUGUUCCUCCAUCCUGGGAGAGUGCCAGAGCCAGUUCUAGUGAAGAAGAGAGGAAGCAGGAUCCUCCUGGGUACCUCUUCCAGAAGGCAAGGACCAGUGUACAAUCGUAAUUGGAAAUGUCACGUGUUUAGCUUUUAUAUGUGUGUACAUAAUUAUACAUAGAGAUAGACUUGUGUAUACGCCCCACACACACAUCCUCACAUAUACAUGUGCUCAAUGUAUAUCUUGUCGCUCCCGCUCUCAAGUUGGAACUUGCAUUGUGAUUCCAGUUUUGGAAGUUCAAAAGUAUGCAGUGUAUUGAAAUAAGAAAUAUUCAAUAUUGUCAAAUAUCUUGUGGUUGUCUUGCCUUCAAUAAAAUAGUGCAUAGAUGUGUUAAACUACAAUCGAAACUAGUCCACAGAACUACCGUCGCCACUGCUUUUAUGUACCUGUAUGCACAGGUGUGCAUGCCUUUGUGGGCCAGUGUCCCCCCAGCGUGGGCACCCCACUAAGUGGUGCUUGCUGAAAGAAGACACCUACCCUGUGACGACAGCAACCUGGUCGGCAGUGACAGGCUUUGCUGGCAGCCUCUGGCAGAGCCCCACUGACAGGCCUCUCUCUGUACUCUGUCUCAAGGGAUGAAUGUAGGAUAGAUUUUGAUCUUCUCGGCACUGAAGAAUAACCUAUAACUCCAAGUAGCAAAUCAGUCCCCUUCUCUAGUGAACACUGUCUCAGGCAUCAUGGCCUGCCGUUAGAAACAGCAGAAGCCAUAGUGGAUGCCAUCCUGAUUGAUGUGGCCUGAGUCCCGCCUUCCCAGCUUGUACACACAAAACCCCCUCUUGAGUUUGGGAAGCCUCGCUGCCUCUGAGAGUGAGGGUACUGCCCCUUUGCUCUCCCACCCCAGGGGUGCCCCGACCUUUUCCACAGAACUGGGCUGCUCCUGGGCUGUCUCCUUCACCAACACUACCCUCCUACUUAUAGGUAGGAUCUGGUCAGGUUUGUUAACGAUGUCCUGAAAUUAUCUCAGUGUCCCCAUCUUUGCUGAAUCUAGAUCAGUCAGAAAACAAAAUGGAAGGUUCCUCUUAGUUCAUGACCUCAACUUAGUAAAAAAAGAAUGGGCAUGACCCUCUUCCUUUUUUUGUAGGAUCUUGAAGGAGAGUUGUCAGCAAAACAUCUGUGGGCAUUGCAGGAAUAGUCCAAGAUUGAAAAGGCAGGCGGCAUAGCUAUACCCACAUGCUCACCAAAAUAAAGGUGUGACACCAGUGUCCUGAGUGCUGUGAGGUCGGAGGCUACAAUGCUUGGUGGUUAGAGCCACACUGCUGUCCCAGCCAGUGCUCCCUUCCUGUCGCUUUCCGCAAUGUCCCAAGAUUGGAGGAGACGCCAUGGCCGUGUCGGAUUAAAUGUCUCAGGCAGCAAAGAUAAGGGUUGCAAGGUAGUAGCUAGUAUAGACAACGGGACAGUCUCAGUUACUGAUUAAUGUCAGAGCUCUAGCCAGUACAUGUCCUCUAAUGUCCAGGGUGACGGUAUGGGGAAGGCACUGCUGGCUUCUGAGUCCUAAGGUAGAGCAGUUUAUUCCUUCUCCAUAUGGAAGGGGGAGAGGCCGUCAGGAAGACCAGGUAGCUGGAGAUGGUCAGACAAGGCUACAAGAGCUGGCGAGUAGGAGUAUGUCUGAGUGUGUCAAAUGCUCAGGGCUCAGUGCUCACUAGUUUCCAAACUACCUCUCCCCCAAGAAUGGGAGGCACUGUUUCCGGGCCACAGCACCGGGAGCCAAAGCCUUCCUGUUUCACAGGCAGGAGAGCCAAAACAGACAAGGUCACCUACAAGCCAGGAAUGAUCCGAGCCGGUGUUGGCAUUCUUCUGACCCAGUUGUACAGAUUCAUGUCCCUUCAGCCAUCUAUACUCCAUGGCUAGAACAUGAGGUUAUUCCCAGCCUCAGUAGCUAGAAAAAAUAUAGGUGCAUUUGGGGCUUCUUCACUGUAAACGGUGGUCCCCAAAGCCACUUGCAUUGUCCUGUACACACACAGAGCAGUCAGGGCACCCUUUUAAUUUUUGUUUGAAAUCAACUUCUUCGGUAUUCCAAAAUCUUGCAGUUUCAGUGUGCAAACUCCUUGGACUCCAGACCCUGUCUGAUUGACACUCUGCAGGGUUUGAUACCGGGAAAAACUUUGCAGCAGGAGUUCAGAUGGUCCCUUCAGGAGGCAAGAAGCCUCCAUAGCAACGAAGGCCAGCCUGCCUGUUGUGUGUUGACUUCUCUCCUCACCUGUUCUUUAAAGAGAGGAACAGAGGGUGGCACUUCCAUCUGUAAUGGGCUCUGAAGGCAGAGAGGCCAUAUUGACUUUACAUUCAACUGUGUAAUAUGUGGAAAAGACUCAGCAUGUUGGUCAAACAAUAAACUGUCCUAAUUCUCAACACAAA